AUGUCGACGCCGCAAGAGAUGCUCGCGCUACCCGCGUCGACGCCGACGCCCGGCGGCGCGCCGAUCAACGUCACGGCGGGCGGCAACGCGGUCGCGCUCGACCACCUCGGGCCCAUGGUCGUGCAGGUGGACGGGUCGCUCAUGCGCAUCACCGACUGGGCGACCAAGACGGACCACGAGAAGGCCAUGAUCCAGCGCGUGAUUGCCAAGCGCAACAAGGAGCGCCUCGACGCGCUACUCCUCGCCCAGGCUGCCGAAAUGGACUAA